UUUACAUCAUUACAUCGCAUUAUCGACUAAAUGCCUAAUGCAUCUAUCAGUUCCAUGUGUUUCCAUAUCUGUUGCGUGUAAUUAGUGAAUUAGCUUUUUAUUGAUCCCUCCCUAGAAAAAAAGAAGGUACACACAUAUUUUAUCUAUUGACUGGAGGUAGAUGAUGUGACUGCAAUAAAUAUGAAUUUAUUGUAUUCGUUUUUACGAUUUCCUACCUUUCGAACGUGCUUGACGUGAAACAAGUUGUGCAACUUUGUGGGAAAAUGUACACGCAUUGUCCGGUGCUUUAUUGUGCGGCUUCUGAUGUAUGGGUCGAUGAACCCACCAAAAAUGGGAUUAUUAUCUACUCGAUGAUAACUCCGGUCUUGGCGAUGUGUGGAAUUAUUGGCAAUUUGCUGUCAUUUAUAAUCCUGAAAACGUUUAAACGAUUUGAAUCUUCUACUUCUACUUAUCUUGCUGUUCUAGCGCUGACGGAUCUGGCCGCCUCCGCAUUCCUCCUCGUUUCAGGGUUGUGUCGAGGUAUCCUAUGGUCCAAACCCGGGUGGCGUGAAUACGAAGCGAUCAUUGCCAUCCCCGUCGGCGGAAUGUUCACUUGCUGGGCGUCCACUGCCAUUGUCGGCGUCACCAUCGAUCGGAUCGUGUAUCUUUCCAGUCCAAUGCGUGCAAAACGUCCAAAUUGCUGCCAGCAGAAAACUGCAAGACUCGUGAUGCUGGGCGGGUUGUUGAUCUCCAUUUUGUUCAACGUGCCAUACUGCUUCAUGUACACAUGGGACUGUCAAGGAAACCUAGCUAUGACACCAUUUGUUAAAACCACGUUUUAUAGAAUCCACAAUUGGGUAAAACUAUUCUUAUUCUCCAUCCUGCCGGCGUUGUUGCUCCUGUUGGGGAAUAUUUACCUCAUCCGUCAUCUGAAAAAAAUGUACAAAAUUACCGAGGAGUGUCGACAACGCUGUAAAAUGUCAUCAAAAACAAGAGAUCAAAAAUUGGUUACCAUAACGCUGGUGUUGAUGAUUUUCUUCUUUUUAAUCGGCGAGAUUCCUGCAAGUUUGGUCUCGCGUUCAUCCGUUGUGAGUCUUUUGUUCUGGGGCGAUGAAACCAAAGCGGAUAAUUCGAAAGUUCUUGAGUUCUGCAGACAAAUCGCUACUUUGAUGAACGGUGUGUAUUUGGCCGUGAAUUUUUUCAUCUACUACAUGUUCUGCACUAAUUUCCGGGCAUGCUUUUGUGAGAUUGUCGCCUGCGCAGCUUGUUGGCGUGGCCGAAAAGACAAAAAAGCGAUUGUAUGCGAGAAGGAGCAGCAAUUGGCGCAAGUAAACAUUUUUAUCGUCGACGAGGAGUGCAAACAGUCAUUUUGGGUGCCGUUGGCGGACUUUAACUGGCGACUUAUUAAACUUUUCGAGGAUAAUAAACUUGCUGCAAGUAUCAUUCAUACAGCUAAGAUUUAA